AACAUAAUCCCUAUAAUCACGACGCAAAAUCGCAAACCCCCUUUUAUAUAAAGAAAAAGAAAAAAGUCCCAAACUUUCUUCUUCUUCUUCAUCUUCAUAAUGAUAAAAUCAUUAAUUAAUUAAUUAGGGUUGGUGAUUUGAUCCAUCUUUUCUUCCGAAUCGCCAUAAAACAAAACAAAACAAAAAAAUUUUUUGAAAAAAUUGAAGGAAGAUGGUUUUAACACAAAAGAUACAUGAAGCCUUCAAAAGCACGGCAGAGAGAAUAAUGAGCCAUAGAACUGAUACUGCUUUCAAAGAUAAAGGUGUUUUAUCCGUCACUGAAUUCGUCGCUGCUGGUGAUAAUCUUGUUUCCAAAUGCCCCACUUGGUCCUGGGAAUCUGGCGAUCCAAACAAGAGGAAGUCAUAUUUGCCAGCCGACAAACAAUUUUUGAUCACUAGAAAUGUUCCUUGUUUGCGAAGAGUCGCUUCAAUACAAGAAGAAUAUGAGGCUGCUGGAGGUGAAAUAUUGCUUGACGAUGAAAAUAAUGACGGUUGGCUGGCUACUCAUGGACAGCCUAAAGAUACCAGGGGUAAUGAGGAGGAAAAUGUCCCUUCUAUGGAAACUCUGGAAAUAAGCAAGAAGACUAACAUCCAGACAAUUUCUUCACAUUUUGGCAACGAUGAUGAAGAAGACAUUCCAGACAUGGAAGAGUUUGAAGAACCCGACAACCUUAUUGAGACAGAUCUGGCAACCCUUCAGCCUACGUAUCUCGUUGCUCAUGAGCCUGAUGAUGACCAUAUUUUGCGAACUCGAACUUAUGAUGUCAGCAUCACGUAUGAUAAAUAUUAUCAAACUCCUCGUGUUUGGCUUACUGGAUAUGAUGAGUCUAGGAUGCUUCUCGAGCCAGAAUUAGUUCUUGAAGAUGUCAGUCAAGACCAUGCUCGCAAAACUGUAACUAUUGAAGACCAUCCACACUUACCGGGGAAACAUGCGUCUGUGCAUCCAUGUAAGCAUGCAGCUGUGAUGAAGAAACUAAUUGAACCCCUAAUAGCUGGAGGACUUGAACCACAAGUUGACAAAUACCUCUUCUUAUUCUUGAAAUUUGUUGCCACUGUUAUUCCAACCAUCGAAUAUGAUUACACCAUGGACUUCGACCUGGGAAGCUCCAGUAGCUGAUUUCAAGGUAUAUGCCGAUUUGCACUAAAAGGAAUGGUCUGAAGUUAAAGUGCAUUAUAUCGUUGUAUUUCAUUUAAUCCUAUAAAGUAUAUGGGACUUCGUAAAUAUGAUAUCAGUUGCAAAAAAAACCCAGCUAAAAUGACAUCUGGUGUGUAUCUUACCAUGUAAAUUUCUGGAAACAUUAUAUUUAAUCUAUUUGUUUUUUGA